GUUUUCAAUGCCCGGACCAUACAGCUUUCUGCUGUUGCCAUGGCUACAGUGCAACAGCAGUACGGAGAGCAACGGAGUCCAAAAAGGUCCGAACCAAAACGCCUAUUUCCUCGUUCACACAGGAAGUCUCUCUUUUAUAACGGCGGCGCAUUGAUUUCUCCCCACAACAAUAAAAGAGACGCGCUUUCAGGAGAUCAUUGAGGCGUUAGAGAAGCAAACGGCUGGUGAAAAACCCCUGGGUUGUGAAGAGGAGCGGCUGGUGGCGAUGCUUACGGUCGCACAGAUUAUUCCGGGAGCGCCUCCGGUGCCCGGAGAGCCAAGAGAAGGAGCUCCGGGGAGUCACCGGGGGACAGCCAGGGCCUGCGCUCCUCGGGGAGGCAGAUCAACGUCCGGGUGAAGCGCACCAACAAUCCGCCACCUGGACAGGUGCGCUGCGGAGUCCAAUUUUAUCCGUGUCAUCAAACGCACCACAAAACAUGUGUUUUAAUCCCAGUAACCACUGUGAGCCUCGUGGUCAUAAUUCUGACACAUUUUAGGGUUUCUGCAUCAGACAGCACACCCCUUUAUAGAUGGAUUUAAAGUCACAGACCCACUCAGUUUCUUCAGAUGUUUUAAGGACUGGUUGCUCACCAGACUGAGAUCUACCACUACGACAGAAGUCACAAAGACGGCUAUGAGACCUUUGCCUCCUGGAAGAAGGUGUGGACCAGCAAUGGAAAGAGCGAACCCAGCCUUAAGGCCUUCAUGGCAGACCAGCUGCUGCCCUUCUGGGUUCAGUGCACCAAGCCGGACUGCAGGAAGUGGCGUCAGCUGACCAAGGACAUCCAGCUCACCGCCUCACUGGCAGCAACGUAUCGCUGCGGGAUGAAGCUCGGCAACGUCAAGAGCGAGGGACCCGACCACUGCUCCCAGCCAGAGGACUCGAGAGUGUCCGAGGUGACGGACAGCUGGUGGCAUUCGAUGCUGAUUCUGCCACCGCUGCUGAAGGAGAGCCCGGCCAGCCCCUUCCUGGCCGCCUACUACCCGGACUGCGUGGGGAUGAGUCCAUCUGGCUCGCCCGGCAGCGUGUCGCUGGCUGAGCUGAGGGCGGAUCCCUGCAGAGCCGUGCAGCCGCAGAUUCCAGGCCUGUGCCCAUACUUCCAGCCCUUCUACCAGCCCAACGAGUGCGGCAAGGCCCUGUGCGUGCGGCCGGACAUGAUGGAGCUGGACGAGCUUUACGAGUUCCCAGAGUUUUCCCGCGACCCCACCAUGUACCUGGCCCUGCGUAACCUGAUCCUGGCAUCCUGGCACAGGAAGUGCACGGAGGUGCUGACGGCUCAGAGGUGUGCGCAGCACAUCGUGGUUCGGGGGCUGGUGCGUGUGCGCUGCGUGCAGGAGCUAGACCGGGUGCUCCGCUUCAUGACCAGGAAGGGGCUCAUCAACACCGGCGUGCUGGCUGUGGAGCGGCCGCUGCUGUCGGAGCGGAAGGCCGUCGUGGUCGUGGGCGCCGGUGCGUCGGGACUAGCUGCGGCACGCCAGCUGCACAACUUCGGCUUCCAGGUGGUGGUGCUGGAGGCCAGGGACAGAAUCGGCGGCUGGGUGUGGGACGACGCGUCCCUGGGGCUCACCGUGGUUCGGGGAGCCCAGUUGUCAACGGAUGCGUCAACAACCCGAUCGCCCUGAUGUGUGAGCAGAUGGGCCUGAAAAUGCACAAGCUGGGGGAGCGCUGUGACCUCUUCCAGGAGGGCGGGCAGGUGGCCGACCCAGCCAUCGACAAACGCAUGGACUUCCACUUCAACGCCAUCCUGGAUGUGGUGUCCGAAUGGAGGAAGGACAAGUCUCAAAGCCAGGACAGGCCGCUGGGAGAAAAGGUUCAGGAAGUAAAGAAGAACUUUCUGCAGGAGUCUGGGAUCCAGUUCAGUGCGCUGGAGGAGAAAGUCCUUCAAUUUCAUCUCAGUAAUCUGGAGUACGCCUGUGGCAGCACCCUGGACCAGGUCUGGAAGGCCUCCUCUGCUCAGGGGUCAGACAGAUGCUCUUUAUUUGAUCUGCUCAAACCGGUUUCGGCCCGGUCCUGGGACCACAACGAGUUCUUUGCCCAGUUCUCGGGAGACCACACCCUGCUGACCAGGGGCUACUCGGUUCUUCUCAACAAACUGGCCGAGGGCCUGGAGAUCCACAGGAACUGUCCGGUCCAGACGGUCGAUUACUCGGGGGACCUCGUGAAA